UCGAAAGCACAGCCACUCCAUCUGUGUGAACAAGACAUCAGAAGAUCUGUGUUAAAGCUUUUUGUUGCACUUUGUUUUGGAAAACCUAAGACAUGUCAGACAGGUGUUUGACUUUGAAAGACAUCCGUCUUUCAGGGAAUUUUAUCCCAACUGGUCGACAGCUCCACAGGACUCCUCCAUUGAUGACUGCAACCAAACACCUGGAUUUUUCUAAUGAAGAUUCAAAUGAGGAUCAGGAGGAACCACAGCAGAAUAUGGAGCCAGAUAGUCGAGAUCAAAAUGGGGAUCACCGAAACACAAUGUUUGAAUUCAACCCAAACCCAGAUGACUCUAGCUCCAUGCUGAAGGGGAUGAAAGGGUAUAAGGCGACACCAGAUGACUUGGAGUUUAUUAAAAAGAUGAAAGCAGAGAAAAUUAACAAAGAACUGCAGGGUGAACUGGAGGAGCUGCAGAGGUUGUUGCAAAAGGAAAAGAUGCAUUUGGAUCAGACAUGUGUUUGCAGGGACACGCACUUGAUUGAACUCAAAAAGUUCCCAUCCUGUGAAGAUGUCAUUGCGUGGGCAAAGGCAGUAAUCAAAAUGACAUCGCUGUCGACAGACUUGACAGAUAAAGAUGGAAAGUCUCUCCUAGCCAUGGUGACACCAGAAAACAUCCAGAGAGCCAUUGAUGACAAGAGGCUUGAGCUCACUCAGAUGAAGAAGAUGCUGGCAAACAAGAAGAAGACAGAGGCUAAAGAGAGAACUCAACUUGAAAGGAAAAUUGCCCGUGACCAGCUGAAGAUACAGAUGUUAAUGAGGGAGUUAUUGGACCUGCAAUCGGACCUUUCACAACAGGAGGAAGUCCAUAAAGCUAUUCAAAUGCAGAUCGACACCCAAGAAGCUCCAGAAAUGGAAGCAGAAGAAGUAUCAGAUGAUCUGCAAGUUGCUAAAGUACAAACAAAAAGUCAAGGACCAACAAAAACUGUUAAAACUGAGAAGCAACAAGAUGCUACAAUCCAAAGUAAAUCAACAAGGAGCAAACACACAGACAACCAGACCAGUGUGAAGGAUGCAAAUCAAAACACAGUUGAAACUCUGAAGACCGAGAAGCCGCCUAAGUCUGCUAAAGAGGCCAGGGGGCCACAACCAAACGCUCAAAGUCAAAUGAAAACUGGGGAAGCUCGGCCCGUGGCUCCCUCGCAGGGCAGAAAGAAAGCUGCUGUAGCUGCAGGUGAUACUGGAGACCCUGGUCUGAGGAGAUCCAAGAGGAUAGCCAGCAGGAAGUGAUUGUAUUUGAUUUUUGAUUCUCU